AUGGAGCAAGUACUGUUUGUAAACCACUGCUGAAUUUAACAGCGGUAGUAAAUAUUAGUAGCUCUGAUAUACUGUACAGGAGUAAGUCCCGAAAUGCAUGUGUUUAGUCUCUUCUUUAUUUUUUUUUCUUUUACAUUUUACACCACUUUGGGUUGAAUAUCUGGAAGACGACUCUUAUGUUUUUGAGGAGUUAGACUUCAUAUUGACGGGAUUCAAGAGAUGAAUUCUGGAUAUUUGUAACGAAGAGGUGAUUAAACGAGUCAUCUUUUGCUAUGAUCACUUUUGCCAUAUGCUUAUUUCCCAAUUCUUCAGAAAUAAACGUUUUGGACAGCUAAAAAUUGGUUUGCUCUGCAGAAUGCAGCAGCAAAAUACGAAGCAUCUUACUCGGCAACAUACUCCCCCUCCGAUAUGGCUAAAAUAGACAUCACUGUACUUCAUCGUUAUACAGUGCUGGUACGAUCGCAGUGCAAGAGUAUCCUGAGGUAUCCAUUGAAAGGUAGUUGAUUCAGACUAUGAGUCUCUGCUUUUGAAAUGAAAAUGUAUUAAAAGUGUUCGGUCAAGCAGUUACUUUGUUUUAAUAGUUAAUGUAAAUAAAUAUAUAGAUCAGUUAAUACUACGUCUCAAAGCAAAUGAUGUUUUGCAGUUAUUUUAUAAAUAUACUAGCUUCUCCAAAGUAUACAAUGUAAUGUCACUGUUUGGGAAAUCAAACUUGUGUGACUCAUGAGGUGUUCAUAGGCUGUCACCACUGCAAGGGUUACAUCUCUGAUUGCAACUGGAACAGAAAUCCAUCUGUUAAAGCUGUGAUUAAUUCAUUGAUCAACUGCCCAUGCCAACUAAUGGAUUCAUGCUUUUCGCCCUGAUUUGAGGAUUCCUUUAAAAGUCAGGUAUUUUAAGAUAGGUACUUCUUGCUUUGCAUCAGCAUCAUGAUUAGCACCGGAAAUGUGGAGCUUUCAAGUGAGUCCCCAUAUUUAACUGUGUGUUAAUAGGAUGGACACAAUCCAAAUAUAUUUCAAGUACAAGGAAAUUCUGAUUGCAAGGAAAAACAAUGACUAAUCUGAUGCAAAAAUGCCAGGUGCCAUCCAAAUCUAUUAAAUGUAAGUGGAGCUUUUCUAUAAUUUAAAAUGCAAUGUGGAUUACACUCUUUAGUAAUGACAAAUUACAGGCAAAAUAAUAGAAGCAGAUAAAAUAUGCUUACAGAUAGGCUAAAAUAAAUUGAAUAGUAAUAUUAGUUUAAUUUAUUACUUUUAAGAAUGCUCAUAGUACAGUUUCAGAAGUGGUGGUAGCCAUGUAUUUUAGCAGCUGAGGACGAAGUUUUGAUUGAACAAUAAUAUAUUUUUUUUAAAAAAUAAAAUAAAAAAUAAAUGAUCAUCCUCUGCAACUGGAAGUUUUGGCCAGCAAAAACAGGAAAAUAAUGCUUAAAAAUAACUAUUGAUCUUAUCUUUUUGAAGUGCUUUUAAACAUUUUUUUCUUACUGAAGUCUGCCCAAGCUGACUCAAACGUCAUCAGAUAAAUAUAGAAAAAUCGCCUCCUUGCCCGCUAGAAAGUUGAAGCAAGGUCAGGUCUACAUACAUAUCAUGUAAUUUAAGGUUGCCAGAUGUCUCUUACUUAAAGGACUUUCCUUAUUCCAGAACAGCACAGCUCCAUAAAUGCAAUGAUCAUCCCUCCUUACUUUAAAAUCUUCCAGCUCCAUAGAACUUCACAGAGACUUCAGCUUGGCAGUCUGCUAUGCUUUUAAAUUUUGAUCUGGCAACCUAAUUGCAGCAAAACUUCAUCCAGCAUGUGUGUAUAUUUCAUUAUUUCCCUGCCCUCAACUCCUACAGUGACAGUUUAGAUAACUCCACACUUACAUAAGCCUAGCUUUUCCCCCACUACAGUUUCUGGUUGUUCUUGCUAUCAGGGUUGUUAAAAAAAAAUCAUUUACCAUGAUUUUUUUUAUAGCUUUUUUCUGUUUUGUUUACAGUAGUAUUUAUAUUUGCAGCAAAGCAUUUGAAUCUAUUUUGAAGUGUGCUAAUUCAUACAGUAACAACCUCUAAAUAUAAUGCUGUAAUAAACAUUGUUGUGCAUUGUUGUUGAAUUCAGUCCUUCUCUACAUACUUGGCUGCAGCUGUCCUUCUGGUAUAUUAAGGCUACCGUCAAUUAAAACACCCACCAAGAUAACUAAGUUAUAGUGCAACAAUGGGGAAUCUGCGGACCUUCAGAAGUUGAUAGGCUGCAAUUCCCAUAAUCCUUGAACGUUGUCCGUACCCUUCUAGUGUCCCGAUUUUCCAGGGGGAAUCCUGGAAUUAAGAAAGCCAUCCCGGCUUCUGAUUUCAUCUCGAACUGUCCCUAUUUCCCCUGCCACUGCUGCUGCUGCUGCUGCUGAGCCUGGAGAAGAGGGUGAGCUGGGGCUUGUCCCAAGCAGAGGUGGUGGUGAAGGAGCACCCCACUGCCUCUCCAGGACUACAGUGGUACCUCAGGUUACAUACGCUUCAGGUUACAUACGCUUCAGAUUACACACUCCGCUAACCCAGAAAUAGUGCUUCAGGUUAAGAACUUUGCUUCAGGAUAAGAACAGAAAUUGGGCUCCGGCGGCGCGGCAGCAGCGGGAGGCCCCAUUAGCUAAAGUGGUGCUUCAGGUCAAGAACAGUUUCAGGUUAAGAACAGACCGCAGAAACAAAUUAUGUACUUAACCCAAGGUACCACUGUACUGCCGCUGGCCUCCUCCCUUGGGCAGCUUGUAGCGGCUGUAGGAGAGCAGAUGAGGAGGAGAAGGGGCUGUUGCCACUGAGGCCCAGCCCCACUGGUGGGAACCAAGGAGUGGUAGAGCGGAGCGCAAGGAGUCUUGGUUUUUUAAUUAAAGAAUGCUUUGUGCAUCCACAUCUAAUCCUCUUUUCUAAAAUUUAUUUGUUGGUGUAUGUUUUUCUUUUUGUAACCCUACCAAAGAAUAAAAUAAAAGCAGGAUUAAGGAGUUUUCUCAGGACAGUGGAGGGUGUGUGGGGCUGUGUCCCAUUGGUGAUGGCACCCACUCUUCUUCUGAUAGGAAAUGCUCUGCAGGGAGGGGAACAAAAAAAUGGGGGGGGUGUUGAGGAGGGUCUGUUGGGGAGGAAUAAGAAAUGUCCUUAUUUUCAUCUGAGGAAUGUUGGAGGGUUUGCAUUGUCCAUGCUGACUACGGCUGUUGGGAGUCAAACACCUGGAGAGCCACAGAUUCCUCACUCCUGUCUUGUGGUGUAAGAAGGGCUGGAAUGUAGCUGGAAGGAUGGGCAAACUUACUUAGCAAAAGCAUACUCGCCCGUGUCUCCAAAGACCUACUUUGGGUGCGCCUAUGAAUUUGGAUACAUAGAACAGAGCUUGGGAAAUUCAUUUUAAAAGGGCUUGUGUUAUGAUAUCCAAAAAAAGGAACAAGUUCCAGAUGCAGUUCAUCCUUUUAUAAAACUGACUAGUUCAUUUCAUCCAAAUGAUCGUCGGCAAUAUUUUUCACCAUUAACUAUAUGUUACAAGAUGCAAGGCUGAAGUAUAAAAUAUACUUUAUAACACUAAGAAAGCAUUGAAACAUACACACACAUACAGAGAGAGAGAGAGAGAGAGGGAGGAAUGUGAAUUGUUUAAAAUCCACGAAUGAUUAAAAAGUAUAAAUGUGUGUAAAAAAAAAUACAUGCAAAAGAGUGGACUUGAAGAUGAACUAGAAAUUAUUAGACCCCCCCCCCAAAAUAAAGUCCCAUUUGGAAUGCAGAACUUCUAAUUGUUUUAGAUCCCACCCAAUAUUAUUAUCAUGGUCCAUUAUUCUUCAGAGCCUUUCCAGAGACUUAACAAUGCCUCCAUCAUAGCUUGUUUUAAACUGUACAUUUUUCUAUGAAGUGCAAUAGUUAUUGGAUGGCAGAGUCAAGAUAAUUGAUGGUAAUUGGUUUUUUGUAGGGGGACAUCUUCAAUGAGCUCAUUUUGCUUCGGCAUCUUGCACUUUAGGAUAGUUAUAUUCAGCUGGCAUAAUAAAGCAAAUGGGGAUCCUUCAAGAGAUUGAAAUUUGCAUAUUAAAUAAAGGUAUAUUGAUUUCUCUCUUGGAAAUAUACCAGGCCAAGACACAAUGUUUCAUAUUUAAUAUUUCUUCUGGUACUUAAUUUUUUAAUAGGUUGGUAACAUGUAGAGUGUCUUGGCCUGCUUUACUCAUCUUUUUUAGCAAUAUUUUUUUGAGGGAGGGCUUUUCAAAUACCCAGUACUAGGUAAUGGGUGACUUUAAAUUUGCAUAUAUUUAAAUGAAUAACAAAAUGCUAAUAUACUAUAGCCACCUUGAGGAGUGGUAAUCUUACUAGUACUACAACAAAUGAAGUUGAAAGAAAACUAUUUUUAUAAUGAUGACACUUCAGUUAUACUAUUGUUUUUAACACUGUCAGUGAGUUUUGCGGAAGCUGUAAAGAGUACUCUGCUCAAACCAAACCAAAUCAUUUCUUUUUUAAAAAAUCUGAUCUACAAAAAUGUAAAGGUACAUCCUAAGAUAAUUGCAUUACAUUGCUAAUGCAAAUGCUAUUUAAAAUAAAAUUUGAGUCAAUUAGGUUAUAUUCAUGGAUAUAAAACCUUUUGAUUAAAGAGCUGCUCUUUAUUAAACCAGGAAAUGCAUUUUAAAAUAUAUUAAACUAUAUAUUUUAAAUCCAAGUAUUUGUAAAAACUGCAGGCAGCAGGCUCAUCCCUGUUUUUUUCCACACGGGUAUCUAUUGUGUGGCACACACACACACACAUACAUACAUAAUCUGCAAAUAACUGAUAUAUGAUGCUCUAUUUUAAAACUCAUUUUAUUCCCCUUCAAUUUUAUGCAGAUUUGAUUGAUUACUCAAUUUAACCUUAUAUGGGUGAUACGAGUUAAGGUUUCAUUAAUGGUGUGACAAUUAUAAAAAUUAAGAGCAAGUUCUUAAAGCAUUUUUUCAGCAAAUAACAAAGCACACCAGGAUCAUUUUCUCCUUAUAAUUGUCCCAUUAAUUGUAGAUAGGUGAGGAUCCUGCCCUGCCCCGCCCCCCAGUCGCCGCCCACAGCUCAGGAUACCUGAUAGCACAAGAUUUCGUUUUGUUUUUCAUGUCACAGAUUAACAAACACUUACCAAUCUGUGAUUGUAAAAGGAAGCAACUAAAAAUAGGAACAAAGUCUACCAAAGAGUGGGGUAAAUAUAUAAAGUUAUGACCCAGUGAUUGAUAAAUUAUAGCAAUUUCAAAUCAAUAUGAAAUUCCUAUGUUCAGUCGUAUUCAUUCUGUCAUACAGGCAUCAGUUUAAAUGUAUGUGAUGGGGGGGGAGGGAAUGACAGAGAAUUCAGUUACAUAAUCCAUUAACCAAGAUGGUUCAGCAGAAUCAAUGUCACAUUAGGUGCUUCAUGGCAGCCAGUUGCUGGAAAACAAACAACAGAAGCCACAUUUUGAAGAAUGUUUUUGCACAGCACUCCACCUUUGCUUCCCCAGGGUCCCUGAAAAAGAGUGCCGCUUUUGGGUCUAUGCUGAAGACUGCAUGGCGGCUGGAAAUAGUGCAGAAUGCAUCAACCUGACUCCUAAAUGUAUGGCAUGCUACAAGAGUUAUUGGGCUUCUUCACACAGGCAUCCAGGCUUCAUUCAAAGUGCUGCUUUGAUCUGUUUGAAAAUAAUUCGUUAUGUUGUAUAGAUGUGCCAUAUUCUUCAUACUCUUCACAGGCGGAGAGAGAUCUGUCAGGAAACAGUGGACCAACGUAAAGUAAUGGCAUUCCUUACCAUAGGUAAAAUAUUGUUCAGGUGAAAUAUUGUUUGUGCAGAUUCUUUGUUCAUUCUUAUUAUAUACAUCAAUUUUAUUUUAGCACUGUGCACGUAGCAUGCUUGCUUGCUUGCUUGUUUGCUUGCUUAUUUAUUUAUGAGACAUUGUUUCACACAAAGUAUUGGGUGAAACACACAAAGUAUUAACUCUGGGGUUCGGGUUAAGUUAGGGCUAGUAGCCUUUUUAAAAUAAUGUUUUUUUCUGUAAGAAAAAUAAUGGUUAUUCAGGUGAGGGCCUUGGCAAGCCACCAUGCCUUGUCUGUUCUGUUUCUUGUCAAUAAUAUUAGUUGGUACACAUCUCAGUAUCUUAAUGUAGAAGAUAUAGAGUAAUUUUUUUCUCCCCUUCUCUGACAGAAAUCAAUCAAAAUACAGCCCCUUCAAAGAUUUCAGCCAAAACAGAAAUAUCCAUAAUAAGCAGAUUCUAUCAAGGCCUUGCUCUUACAUUUAUGGUUAGCAAUGUAUUAUUAUUGUUGUUCUAUGAUUUUCUAGUGUUUAAAACUGCGCUACUUGCUGGUUAAAAACAAAACAGAGGAAAAAACAAGGGGCAUGAGGAAUAAGGGAUUUUUGCAUACAAUAAUGUAUAUGAAUAAAAAUGGAAAUUUAAGUAGAAAAACAAAAUGUGAACUAUUUUAUUUCACAGGAGUCCUCCCAUCCGAUACUUCUUUUGGUGAACACUUAGAAGCCAGUGGUGAACUUCGCCAUUCCCUGUCAUGGAUGUAA